GACUUCCCCCUACGCCCUUCGCUCACGCGAACCUCUUCUGGCCCCCUCCAGUCUGGUCCGUCAUCUCCCCAUGGCUGACGGUGUGUCACAUGCCGCCGACACGGCGAUGACCACGGCAUCGGGCUCCACACCCGUGCCGACGGACCAGGGCCAUCACCCCGAGGGGGAUCUGCACACCCUCCUCACCUCCUUUCUGGCGCCCAUCCAGACGCAACUCGCGACCCUCGCGCCCUUACAGGCGCAGGUGGCGACCCUUGCCGCCGGCGUGCGGCAACUCCAUGACGCUUGUCGUCCUUCCUCUCCUGAUCCUAUCUCUUCUCCUGGCUCCCAGUCCGGGUCCCCCGCCUUCCGACAGGGUGGCCACGGUGAAGCUUCCUCCUCCGCUGCCCCCGACCCGACCAUCUUGGUGACCGUCCACGCACCUAGCACGACGACCGCCACGAGUCAGGCCCUCCCUCUGUCCACGGGCGCACUCGCCCAGAUUCCGGUCACGACGGCCACGGGACCACAAAUCGCUACCGCGGUCUCAGCUUUUCCGGGUGCCCCACUUCUCCCCCCUCUUCGCACGACCGCAGUGCCAUCUGGCUCUCCCCCUUGUGGGAUGCCUUGCGCCGCUCGUACGUCUCCCCCUGCCACACCUCGCUCGACCUACGUUCGAAGUCUCGAGGACGAGAUCGCUCGGCUCCGGACGNGUGGGAUGCCUUGCGCCGCUCGUACGUCUCCCCCUGCCACACCUCGCUCGACCUACGUUCGAAGUCUCGAGGACGAGAUCGCUCGGCUCCGGACGGACCUCGCCCUCUCACGUCUUCAGCCACCCCCACCCUCACAGBUGGCCGCGCCUUCCGGCGCACCCCCAUCUUCCUCUAUUCUUCCUUCCCUGCAGGCUCGCUUCCCUCGCCCUGCACCCUACCAAUCUCCAUCCUACCUCCUCCCCAUUCCCUCGGUCGCCGCGACCUCUUCUACCGCAGCUGCCGUGCAGCCUGCCGCUGCUUCCCCCGCCGCUCCACCAUGCGGCCCGGGCGUACAGUCAGCUGCGCCUCCUCCUCCUCCAGGACCUGCGCCGACUUAUUCGGCUGUAGCGCAAUCCCCUGCUUCCCGUUCCCCUCGCCGCCAAAACGGUGGCACACCACUCAUCCGCUUGUCGGAUAUUCCCUUGUAUGACGGUACAGGCAUACGCGUGUCUAGGUGGCUGCAGGCUGCCACCCGCACGCUCCAGCUCAUAGGCGCCACACCCGACACAUGGGUGGGUCACCUCUCCACGCGCCUGCGUGGUGCUCCUUUCGACGCCUGGGAGGAUUUCUAUGCUUACUCCCUGCGUGAGGGUCGGACUCCGACCUUCAUGGAUUUCCAGGCGUUCCUCGAGGAUCGCUUCGGAACCGGAUAUGACGUGACUGACGCCUUCGAGCGUGUCGUCACUACACGCYGGUUCGGCUCUGGUGGCGCUGCCGGCCUGGAUCGCCACAUCCAGGUCUUUCAGGACGCCCGCCUCGUUUGUGACGUGGCGUUCCUUCCCGAGGCUGCCCUUAUCGAUCGUUUCUUGGCCAGCCUCUCGCUCGAGUUCCGCUCCGAGCUAUGGCGGUACGAGUUCACAUCGGCCCCACAGGCUUACGAGGCCGCCAGUGACCAUCAGCGGAUGCGAGCCCGUCUUUACCCCGCCUCCUCCUCCUAUCCCCAACGCACGGGUUACGCCUCCUCGUCCUCUCACGACAUUUCCCAGCGCCGUUCCCCUUUUCGCGGUCGCCCCCGCCGUUCCACGCAGCAGGGCCGCCACUUUUCGUGCCGCUUCAGCGCGCUGGAGUAUGGUGAGCUGGACGAUGUUGCCCCAGUGUCACCUGAGGGCGACCACAGCGACGACCUCGAUCUCUGCAAGGCCGCUCGUCAGGAGCGACUCACCCUCCAUGUCGUUGCACUGCGGCGCCUUCUCGCCAUCCUCUCUGACCCUGAUCGCACCCUCCCGAUCAUCCCAGUACGACUCGGGACCUCCACGAGGGUGUACUCCGCGCUGUGGGAUUCCGGUUCUCAGGGCGACUUCAUUCACCCACGCGUGGUGAAAGAAGCUCGCUUACCCACGACAGGGUCUCCAACUCCCAUUUCCGUUACCCUAGGGGAUGACAAGCCUCAGCGCUUCUUCGAUCAGACGGUCACCGACCUCCCUUUCUUCCUCACUCUCGAGCCGACUGAUCGUUCCACGGCGUCUCGUGGCCACCGCUCCUCUGCACAUUUGGAUGUGAUGGAGACGGGGUACGACUUCAUUCUCAGCACUCCGUGGUCUCGUCGGUUCCACAGCACCGAGGCCGAUUGGGGGACCAACACUCUCGUUCUCAAAACGAAGUGUGGACAGAUGUAUCGCGUACCUUUCAUAGGUACCACUGCGACACCACGCCCCGAUCCUCCUCCCGAGGAGCCUUCCGUGCCCACACCAUCUCCUUCCAUCACUGUCACCUCGCCUCGGCAGUUCGCCCACUUCAUCCGACAGGACGACGUCACCUUCUUUAUGGUGGACGUGACGGAUCUCUUACACUAUGAUCCACCCUGUCCCGACGCCGAGUUCAUCCCUCUGGAGCCAGAUCCUCCUAUUGCCAUGGCUCCCAUCUCUACUUCCGUCCCUCCGCCGUCCGUUGAGUCCACUCGCUGACGCUGACACUGACGAGCCCGCAGUUCGUGACCUCAUCCGAGAGUACCACGACGUUUUCCCAUCG